AUGUGGAAAUUGUAUUCCACAGCCGAGGGUGGUGAUAGAUGGCCAUUUUGGUCGCUGUUGAUGGUUGGUUAUACCGCGUCGAUGAUGAGAUUAUGCUUUGUCAUUCCAUGUUUCAACCUAAACAGAUCCAUCUCCAGGAAAACCUGGAAUGACAAAACACUUAUGGUGUUUCUGGGAUCCGGCGGUCACACCGGUGAGAUGUUGAGAAUGCUGUCAACGGUGAAGUCGUUGGAUUCGCUCAAGCACAUAACGUUUGUAACCUCCACCGGAGACGAAGGAUCUCAAAAGAUGUUGACAAAGUUCAUUGAAGAAAGGUCGCUGAGGGCAAGCUACUCCUUUGUCGAUCUCCCACGGGCACGAAGAGUUGGUGAGCCGCUGGUGUCUUCCUUCCUAUCCACCGUGAAGUCGAUCAUGUUUGUAUUCAACGUGUUCCCCAAUAUCGAAUACCCACCAGAUAUCCUGAUGCUCAACGGUCCAGGAACCACGGUACCCUUGGCCAUAUUCUACACUUUCCUGAAUGUUGUACAAUUUUCACACACAACAAAGAUCUUCUACAUCGAGUCCCUUGCGCGCGUGAACAGCCUAAGUACAAGUGGCAUGAUUUGCCGCCCUUUGGCACACAGGUUCUUGGUACAAUGGCCAAAGCUUGCAGUCAAAACCUCUACAGAGUACAAGGGCAUUCUGGUGUGA